AUGAGCAGUAUGGUAAAAUCAUAUUCAGUACAACCAUUACCACACAAUAACAACACAUCAAGCACAACCACCAAUACCAAUACCAAUACCAAUAUCAAUACCAAUACAUCGAGUAGCUCAUCCUCACCACCAAUUAAAAAGAGUAUAUCAACAUGCAAACAUAUUGAUAUUUAUAAACAAGAUGGAGGAAGUAAAAGAUAUGAAAUCAUUGAAAACUAUAUAUUUUCAUACAAAACAAAAUUAAUAAAUUCUGAUAAAUUACCAACACCCUAUUGUAUGGUAUGCAAUUGUUUCAAUGGUAGAUUACAUAUUUGUUUACAUUGUGUCCAUGUCUCAUGUUGGAAACAAGGUCAUAUUCAUCAACACCUUGGAAAAAGUCACCCAAAUCCAACUGCAGCAAACAACAACAACAACAACAACAAUAAUAAUAACACUAGCACAACUUCAAACUCAAAUCAAGAAGAAAAAAAUAUUACCAACAAUAAUGAUAUUCAUUUUUUAGCGGUAGAUUUAAAUUUAAAUCAAAUUUAUUGUCACUAUUGUCAAGAUUAUAUUUAUGAUAAAGAGUUUGAUGAAAUUAAAGAUUCUGUAAAAUUGAAUAUUACUAUUAAUUUAAUUGAUUCUAAAAAUCCAUCAACAAAAAGAGUGAAAUAUCGGGUUUGGAAACCAUCAGAUGAAGAAUCUAAAUUUAUAAAAAAAAAUUCUGAAAUUUUAGAUCCAACCCUUUCCAAUCCAGCAAUUGGAUUAAGAGGUUUAAAUAAUUUAGGAAAUACGUGUUUUAUGAAUUCAAUUUUACAAUCAUUUUUACAUAAUCCAUUAUUAAGAAAUUAUUUCCUUAGUGAUAUGCAUAAAUGUGAUAAAAAAAAUAAUUUAAAUAAUGUAAAUAGUAGUAAUAAUAAUAAUAAUAAUAAUUUUAAUAAUAAUAAUAAUAAUAAUAAUAAUAAUAAUAAUAAUAAUAAUAAUAAUAAUAAUAAUAAUAAUAAUAAUAAUAAUAAUAAUAAUAAUAAUAAUAAUAAUAAUAAUAAUAAUAAUAAUAAUAAUAAUAACAAUAAUAAUGAAAAUAGUAACGAUGAUAAUCCAAAUAUAAAAUCAGAACCAAUUGAUGAUAAUAAUAGUGAAAUAGUAUCAACACCUCCAAUACAGAAUAAUAAUAAUAAUAAUAGCAAUAAUAAUAAUAAUAAUAAUAAUAAUAAUAAUAAUAAUAAUAAUAAUAAUAAUAAUAAUAAUAAUAAUAAUAAUAAUAUAUCAAAAAUUUGUUUAGGAUGUGAAAUGGAUAAAUUAUUUACAUGUGUAUUUAGUGGAGUUAAAUUUCCAUUUACACCACAUCAUUUUCUUUAUAGUUGUUGGAAUUAUUCAAAUUAUUUCAUUGGAUAUGAACAACAAGAUGCACAUGAAUUUUUUAUAUCAUCAUUGAAUGGAAUUCAUUCACAUUGUGGUGGUACCACUGGUAAAGAUUGUGAUUGUAUAAUUCAUUGCACAUUUGGUGGUGCAUUAAAAUCAGAGGUAUCUUGUUUAACUUGUCAAUUCACUUCUUCAACUUCUGAUCCUUUUAUUGAUAUUUCAUUAGAUAUUCCAAAAACUUUAAAAGAUAAAACUAGUAAUGCUAAUGGAAAUAGUAAUAGUAAUGGCAAUGGUAAUAAUAAAAUAAAUACUAGUACAGCAUCAACUACAGCAUCAGCUACAUUAUCAAGUCAAGAUGAUGAAGUAAUUUCUUUAGAUGGUAGCGAAAGUGUAAACGGUGAAAAUGGGUUAGGUUCAAAUUCUCACCAAGAACAAUAUCAUCAACAACAACAACAACAACAACAACAACAACAACAACAACAACAACAACAACAUCAACAACAACAAAAUAAUACAUUGUUGUCAUGCUUAGAAAGAUUUACACAACCAGAGAAAUUAGAUGAGAAAUAUUUUUGUCCAAAUUGUAAUAGCAAACAAGAAUCAACAAAACAACUUUCAUUCGAUACUUUACCAAUGGUGAUUUGUUUUCAUCUUAAAAGAUUUGAACGUUCACAAGCACAUAGAAGAACUCAUAAAAUUGAUACUUUUAUAGAAUUUCCAACUUCAAUUGAUAUGGGACCAUAUACAACUAUAAUGAAAAAAAAAGCAGAUGCAAUAGAUUUAAAUUCUAGUGGUACAUCAAUAAAGAGUGAAGAUUAUGGUGGUGAUAAUAAUAAUAAUAAUAUUAAUGGUAAUAAUAGUAAUAGUAAUAACAAUAAUAAUAAUAAUAAUAUUGAUUCAUCAUUUUUAAAUCAACUAAAUGAUCAAGAUAAAUUUCCAUCGAUUAUUGAACAACAUGAUGGUGAUAAUUCAUUUACAUAUGAAUUAUUUGCUGUAGUUAAUCAUACCGGUAAAAUUGAUAGUGGUCAUUAUACAAGUUUUGUAAAACAUCAAGAUAGUUGGUAUAAAUGUGAUGAUUCUAUGAUUAGUAGUACUACAAUUCAUAAUGUUUUAAAAUCAAAAGGAUAUCUUUUAUAUUAUUUAAAGAAACAGUUAUAUUAUUCAAAAUAA